UGACACGGCUGGUGCGCCGGUCGCACUUGUUAAUUUUGCAUCACUUGCGAGAGAGACAUUUCUCAACUGAAGCUGUGUGGAAAUCCGAGCUUUUAUACUCCAUGCCUUUUCCAUCAAAUGUAUGAGCUGACGCAGUAGACUGCUUCCUGUGGGCUUUGUGCUGCUUGAGGAGGAUUCUUUUUUUUUGCCUGGAUGCAAGCUUAGUCUAUAUUGGUGACUUGCUGCGGUUGUCAUUUUCUGUUUGUAUCUAGCACUGCUCUCUCCAAAGAAAAGUGGAAUGCUCUACUUCAUGGAGUAGCCAAGAUAAUUUUCUCUCCUGCAGAAUAAUCCAGAAGACUAUUCUACAUAUUCUUUAUCCUUCGAAUGAAGUUGAUCAGUUCAAUUUCUCUCCUAAAAACAGACUAAACAGCUUCAAAAUCGUUUUCUAGAUCUGUGGACGUCAGCUGGAUAUCCCUUUCAACCUCUUUUUGUACUUUUUUCAUCAAAUGGAGUGACUAUUACUUGAGACAGUUUUGAGCCAUCUCUGCACCCCUAUCGUAAUGCGGUUGGCCAUUGUCAAAUUUAGUUUUGAACCCAAAACCUACUGAGUUUCAUGAAGAGGUUUGGCAGCCUGAGGAGGAACAAGAAACGGAAGGAGCCAGAUGGGCUAGGAGGGAGGCAUCAGUCCGAGUCGUCAUGUCUUUCUGCCUCUGGACUCUCCACACCACCCACCACCCCAACUCAGGCGUCCAGCCAACCGUUAUUUACCCAGGAGGCCCAGCCGAGCAGGCCCAGCCCCGAACGCCUGGAGGCGAGCUAUCGAUCCUGUUCAAUCUCCACACCUCCAGACACAGGUCAACGCCUCAGCCUUCCCUCUGCUAAACCACCGAUCCCUUCCUCGAGCCCUGUGACAUCUUACUCUACCUCGCAACAAGUCUACGGUUUAUUCGAAGGCAUGCUGGAGAAACUUGAACUAGAUGAUGAUGCUGCUGAACCUGAAAGUGAUAUUUACAUGCGCUUCAUGAAAUCCCACAAGUGCUAUGACAUUGUCCCCACAAGCUCCAAGCUGGUGGUGUUCGACACAGCGCUCCAAGUUAAGAAAGCGUUCUUUGCCUUGGUAGCUAACGGUGUGCGAGCUGCUCCGCUAUGGGACACAGAGAAGCAAAGCUUUGUGGGAAUGCUGACAAUCACAGAUUUCAUCAUCAUACUACACAGAUACUAUAAGUCACCGAUGGUGCAAAUAUAUGAAUUAGAGGAGCAUAAACUUGAGACAUGGAGAGAGGUGUACCUACAAGCAACAUUUAAGCCUCUGGUCAACAUAUCACCUGAUGCAAGCCUAUUUGAUGCCGUGUACACCCUCAUCAAAAACAAAAUUCACCGCCUGCCUGUCAUCGACCCCGUCACAGGGAAUGCACUUUAUAUUCUCACACACAAGAGGAUCCUCAAGUUCCUCCAGCUUUUUAUGUGUGAAAUGCCAAAGCCAGCAUUCAUGAAGCAGACUCUCGGGGAGCUGGGCAUUGGUUCGUACCAGGACAUCGCUUUCAUCCACCCGUACACGCCCAUCAUCAAAGCACUCAACAUUUUUGUGGAGAGACGAGUGUCUGCCCUGCCUGUGGUAGAUGAGUCGGGCAAAGUUGUGGAUAUUUACUCCAAGUUUGAUGUGAUUAACCUGGCUGCUGAGAAGACGUACAACAACCUGGACAUUACAGUGACGCAGGCUCUGAAACAUCGCUCCCAGUAUUUCGAAGGAGUCAUGAAGUGCCAUAAGAUGGAAACAAUGGAGACCAUUGUGGACAGAAUAGUCAAAGCAGAAGUGCAUCGGUUAGUGGUGGUGGACGAGCACUCCAGCAUCGAGGGCAUCGUCUCCCUGUCAGACAUCCUCCAGGCCCUGGUGCUAAGCCCUGCAGAUGCCUGUAAGGAGGAGAACCUGACUGAGUGAGAGGGAGGAAGCAUCAGCUGGAGUGGAGACGUGAUGGGAGUAAAUAAGUUGAAUGGUAUGGAGCGUGAGGCUGAGCAGAGCCAGUCUGAAGGUCCCAGAGACUCCUGCAACUGAUGCACUGUAGAGGCUUGGAAACCAAAGAGCUAGACAGAUGAAUGAAGUGGAGUUCCUGCACUGAGGAUUGAUUUUCUGAGUGUUUUUUUUUGUUUGUUUAUUUGAACACUGAUCAGACACACACACACACACACACACACACACACACACACACACACACACACACACACAGUAUACUGUAUUUAUACACACACACACGCAUACACAGAGAUGCAUUAUGUUCAUCUGCUGGGGAAAGGUGGGAAAGUCGAGACUGGUUCUGAUGAAUUAGGGCUUCAGUGUUUUGCGUUGUGUAGUUACGAUCAUGCUGCUGUCAUCUGUUGAUUUUUAGUCUCAUUUUGUAGUCAAUACUGAAUGUUAUCACUUCUUGCUAUGUGGUGUAGAAAGGUGGACAUUGAGGGAUGCAAUUUAUUGUUUGGUAGCAAAACUACACUUUACAUACAAUGUGGCCAUUACAGUUUGCCAGUGCCAAUAUAGAGGGAUUGAUGCCCAAUAUGUAUUUGUGCCUUUUUUGCUCUGCCGACAUCUGUUAAAACUGUCAGUAAUUGUGUCCUUUGACUUUUUAUUGUCAAAUGAGUGCAAUUAUUUGGAUUUGUUUUAAUAAAUGGUUAAGAUAUCAAUGUGUAAUAGUUGGCAGAUUCAGCCUUCUACUUCUCCAUUCAAAAAAGAUUUCCCUUUCAUUUGGUUGCAUAUUCUGUGAUUUUUAAACCAUGUCAGAAGUGUCAAGAAUUUCUGUUAAAUAUAUCUUAUUCUAAAAUGAAAAUCCUAAAUCAAAUCAAAAUCAUUUUGGCACAAAAACAUAUAGUGGUCAUAGGGAAAUGCAACUGUACAUCAAUAAGGAUUCUAUCCGCCAAGAGCUAUGAGUGAGCACUUCUUUUACAUCUGUAGUCAUUUAGUCAUUGUGACUCAAGAAUGCAUUUUUGUAAUGUUAUUAAAAGACCGGAAAAUGUCUUUUUAGGUGUUUAAAAACUUUAAAAAAAAAUUACUUUCGGUUUUGAUGCUUCAGAUAAUCUGAUACUCACAAACAUGCAACACAACUCUGUUAUCUCAGCUGUAGCGCGACAGGACUCAUCUCCAUCUUUGACUGUAAAUAGGAUCAGUUUCGGGAAACGUGUCACAUAAAGCUUUAUUUUUAUGAAUGUGUCAACAUGUUUAAAGAGACUGCAGUUUUAUUGUUAUUUUUGUAAAUAUAUUGUGGCAAUAUGUCCAGUUCAAAGAGACUUUGUAUCUGAUCAACAUGUACUGUAAAUGGGCAAGCAUGAGAAACUACACUUCAGCAGUAUGAAUGUCCUUUGUUUUACUUUUUCUAUUUUUCUGGCUGCACAAAAAUAAAUGGACACUGAAUGUACUUUAA